AUGCUGCGACCCGUGCCUGCUCGAGCGGUAUCUCGGGCAAUGAGACAGAGGUUUAUGUUUUACGAUCUUGUUAUGAAGACCCCUACCCACCCUCAUCACCCGAGCGAUUUACAAGUUAUCGAACACCAGGUCGGCAAGGAGAAGAGUUUCAGCGAAAUGACUCCUUUGGAAAGAAUGGAAAAGGUAUUUGGCGGGCGCAUCAGAGGGGAUGAUCGUCAAGCCAGUUCGCGGGUAUCGAGAUCACAACCAAGAGUGAUUGCAGGCGUGACUGUUCCUGCUAAGCCAGUGGAACCUGACAAUUGUUGCAUGCUGGGAUGCAUCAACUGUGUUUGGGAGUUAUUCAAUGAAGAUGUCAAGGAAUGGAAGGAAAAGCGACUGGAGGCAGCGAAAGCUAUCAAAAAGACCGGCGGUGUAUGGCCGGCCGACUUUCAUCCUCCCUUGAAGGAAUUGGCUCCCGAAAACCGUCCUAAAGACGUUGAGGACGUUGAAGACGGUGUAGAGACUAAAGACGACGCUUGGGGCGGAGUGCCCGUGGCAAUGCGGGUAUUCGCUGAGACCGAACGGAAAAUUAAGGCGAGAGCAGCAGCAAGACGAGCUGCCCAGGAGGCAGCGAGAUAG